AUGGAGCCCGACGGAGCUGCCCUGCGGAAAGGCGAUGCAAAGCAGCUCGCUGCCCUCAACAGCCCCGGAAUCGGACCCUCCACCUUCUGUUCGCAGAGGGUCCGUCAAAAGCACGUGCUGUUAAAUCUACCUGGUUCAAAAGCCGAGUGCAAAGGGGCCGUUUCCCCACCAAGCACCGUCGUCCCCUUACAACCCUUCCUCCUGCUCCAGGACCUGACGGUUGUGGAGGAGAAAGAGCCACCGCCGGACUGUCCCCUCGACAGCGAGCAGCUGGGCCGCAACACCUGGGCGUUCCUGCACACCAUGGCAGCGUACUACCCCGACCACCCCACCGGUGCCCAGCAGAAGGAGAUGAGGGAGUUCAUCAACCUCUUCUCCAAGUUUUACCCCUGCGAGCACUGCGCUGAGGAUCUGAGGGAAAGAUUACGUACGAAUCAGCCUGAUACUAGCAACAGAAAUAACUUCUCCCAGUGGUUGUGUCUUCUUCAUAAUGAAGUGAACAGGAAACUGGGGAAAUCUGAAUUUGACUGCUCUCGUGUGGAUGAGCGCUGGCGAGAUGGUUGGAAAGAUGGUAGUUGUGAUUAAUCCGUAGAGACUGCUUUGGAAAUCUAACAGACCAAUUGAAUCUGGUGUCGCGUCACUACAGGGAGAUGUGCGAGUCAGUAACUGUGUGUUUGCAUGCUUGUGUGUGUGACUGAUACGGCUUGUGGAAAUAAAGGUAAAGCAAUUCUAAAAGUAAAUUUGAAAAUCUUAACAGUAUUUUGAUAAAUGAUUACAUAAAUGUAUUACCUGAGGGAGUGAGGCCUUACAUUUGACACGGGAAUUGCCAGAAACCUGUGAAAUUAAGUCACUGACAAACUCGUGGAGACUUUUUCAUUAUGAUAUUUCCUUAUUUUAGGGGCAUUUGCUUAUUUCUGUGACUAGAAUUCCUUUUCCCUGAACACAGUUGUAGAGAGCUGCCCUGUGGCAUUUUAUGUGUAUCUGCAGGCAUUAUCCUGAUGUUUUAGAAAAUGCAUCUGAUGAAUUGUAAUUUUCACUUCUGUUGUUCUGAUAGCGAAAACUCAUGCUGUGUUUUGUGCCAAGUCUGUACCCCUGGAUCUCUCUCUCUGAGAUCUCCAAUGCUUUUUGUUAAACUUGGAUCCAGUUCCUUUGAUAAAAGGCCUGAAGGCAAGUACAUUUAAUUUAAAUCAUGGAGCCCAGAUUUCUCAUUUUAUUUUUGUGUUUCAACUUAUGAUAUAAGAGGACAUUGUAGAAAGGGAAACUAAAGCAGGACAAAAAAAAACCCUCAUCUGAUGAGUGGAAUGAAGUAUCAACUGGGUGAAAUUCAAAUGUUUUAAAUUGACUGCUAAUUUUCUUUGGAUCCAGAAGUGGUAUGAUGAUAAGUUCUACUGAACUACUUAUUCUUAAAGCAGAUAACCUCUUCAUCUCUGCUGUCAACUUUUGUCAGUCCUGAAAAUAGCUUGAGACUGAUAUCUGUAACGAAGCAUAUUCAGCUUUGUUUAGCAUACAGUAUUUCUGAGGUGUCACUUGUGUUUUGGAAUUCUGGAUUGGUACUUGCUGACCUGGCUGAUAUUCUGGUGUUAUCCCCUAGCUAAAAAUCUCUCUAGAACAAAAGGACUUUACAAGCCCCCUGCAGUAUUUGCGUCCUGCUUAAGACUGCGAUGUCAGCUUUACAUAGUAUUUAUUGCACAGGGGACUCAAAGGAGUCCUUAGGGUAGAUUCCCUCUGUAGAAACUGGUCAGAGUCCAUGCUAUGUGUAUUUUUCUGAGGUCAGCUAUGUUGCAUCAGUGUAUUGAUACAUAAGUGUGAAUUUCAGAUUCAAGUGAAAUGGCAGCAUAAAUGAUUUACACCACAAUGCAUAUAAACACAUCUCUCUAUAGAGAGACAGCUUGCAAAAAAGAAGUCAAAAUAAUUUCAAGUUCUUCAAAUAGAUAGUGAUAUCAUGCCCUUAUUGCAUUUCUGGCUGUGAAAAGUUUGCAGGAGUUUGCACAAAUCAUGACAACAGUAGGCUUUU